UUACCGCUAUUUGUGUGUACAAAAUCCAUGGUCAUAUGAUAACAUAACGAAACCGUGACAAAUCCCAAAUUUUCCAUGGCACUCAGGGUCUCAACCAAGGGUAUGCAAAUUACAUUCCUUCAGUGGCAGAAAAUCUUGGCUCAAAAUCCCUAUCGACGAUGGCUGAACAACGGUCCAGACUCGGUAGAAGAGCUUUUCGAGCGCCAUGUCGAAAAACCAAAAAAAAGGAAAGAUGAGGACGAAGAUUUGGCCCGCCAGCGGCUCACGAGCACAAGGCGAGAAGCCCUGGCUCUUUACAGAGAAAUAUUUAGGGCAACACGGUUUUUCGUGUGGUCGAAUGAGAAGGGCGUUCUGUGGAGGGAUAUUUUGAGGGCAAAUGCGAGGCAGGAAUUUGAGGAUGCGCGAUACGAGAAGGAUCCCGAGAUUAUUGCGAGGCUGCUCGUCGGAGGACGGGAUGCGGUUCACGCGGCUAUUGAUAAAGCCGUUGAGAAAUAUAAAGGGAUUGUGGAGAAGCAGAAAUUGGAUGAUAAUACCAGGUAUUGAUUGGCUGUUCUUGAAGACGGAGUGUCAUUUCACAUGUUAUACUUGAUUGUAUCUGGACAGAAAAUUUAGGCAGAUGCACAUUUGUUUAUCAGAUGAUAGUCAAUAGCUUUAUAUGGUUCUUUUAAUGGUCGAGCAGAGGUCAAAUGGAUUAUUCUGAAGAUGUUUACCAGUCAGGACUCAUUCUGUAUAUGCAACUGGCACACAGUUUCUCUUAAAUAUAUUUCAAAUUUUACGGGCACAUAAGGAUGGAUUUAGCAAAAUAAGAGAUCACAGAAGUUUCAAUAUAUAGAGAUCAUAUUUACUACAAGGCAUGUCCUUCUUGACUGGACAGCAACAUGUGCUGUAGUUUUACCAAGUAUGAAAAGCUCAAGAGAGGAAUAAUAUUUACAUUUUAUGCUGUGUGGAGAUGCUGGGAUUUACCAGAUUGUCUGAAUCAAGCAUGACACGAUGCCAGCACAAGUUUUAGCUGGCAUUUGCAUAACUUUCUUGACAAUUGUUUGGUUUCCAAGCAACAGAUUAAUUCGCAUUGGGCAUUUGUCUGUGCCUCUUGAAUCUUGUGUCAAUUCAUUGACGAGGGCCAAUUGAAACUUUAUGAAGUUUUUUGUUAUGAUUA